CUCAAUUCAUUCUGAAACUUUUCACUCAACAAACAUGUCAUUCGAAGCGAUUCCCAAGGAUUUGCGAGGACUUCGUGCUUGCCUGGUAUGCUCGCUGGUGAAAACGUUCGAGCAAUUCGAAUAUGACGGCUGUGACAAUUGUGAGGGAUUUUUGCAGAUGAAAAACAACAAGGACCAGGUUUAUGAUUGCACGAGCAACAACUUUGAUGGAUUGAUUGCUGUUAUGAACCCCGGGGACAGCUGGGUGACUAAGUGGCAGCGGACAGAUCGGUUUUGCAAAGGAAUAUACGCUAUAUCUGUCUCCGGUCGAUUGCAAAACGCAACUAUACGGGAUAUGAAGAGCCAAGGGAUCCGAUACAGAUCGAGGGAUACUACCCAGCGUUAAGUUGGAUUGUUUAUGAUUAUUUUGACAGUUGUAAGAGAUUCGUAGCUAAUAAAAUAAAUUUUUGCACUGAAUUCUUUAAAAAUGUUGAAUAUUCUGUUAAAAUGCAUUUCUUCCACUGUUUAUUGCAACUAAAUUGUUUUGCGAAUAGAACUGACA